AUGGAUGGUUCCAUCGCCUCGUCGUCCAACUUCUCUGCUUCAUCAUCGUCUUCGUCCUCAGCAAUCUUUCGUCCCCGCAGAUCUGACGACUGGAAUGAGUACCGUACGGUUAUUGAGCGUCUUUAUCGCGACAAUCAGCUGAAACUAAGAGAUGUGAAACGAAUCAUGGAACAUGAUUAUAACUUCGUUGCAUCAGAAAAGCAAUUCAAGGACCGUUUGGCGGCAUGGCAUGUCCGAAAAAACAUCAAGGCCAAAGAAGUCCAUGUGAUGAUUCGAAAGCAGCAAAAGCGAGCUGCUCGAGGCAAACAAACCGCAUUUCGAGUGGGUGGUCAGGAAGUCGACUCCAAGCGCAUCGCUCGCUUCGUCCGUAGGUACGGUGCUUCCUGGGACAACACUCGCAACGAGUCCCAUCGGACAAGUCCUGAACCAGAUACCCCAUCCGACAUGAGUUGUUACACUCCCGAACCGGACGAUCGAUCUGCGGCCUUGUCCCCUCUACCGGAAUCUCAAUCAAUGCACCGUGAGCAGCCCUCUUCUCCUUAUUCGAUCUAUCAUCUGCCACCUCCGAGUCCUCUUCGCAAUCAAUCUCAAACUUAUGAUUUACCACAUGCUGCCGUCUUGAACCAAGUUGACAAGAAGCAACAGAUGAAAACAAGUUUGACCCUCUUCAAAGUCCCGAACUAG